AUGACGACAAGCUGAAGAAGGUACUGGUGUAAAUACGGUUGCAAGCAAUUACGGUAGCUCCAUUUCCAACCCCACACCACGUUUCUUUAGCUGGUUCCAAGCACACUUCAGCUCCAACUAAAAGCUGGGAUCGUAUUUGUAUCGGUCGAACCGUUUUACGUUUCAUCAGUUAUUACUACUUAAGAUAGGUUCAAAAUGGCAGAAAGUGACUGGGACACCGUGACCGUGCUGAGGAAGAAAGGACCAACUGCUGCGCAAUCGAAGUCCAAGCAGGCUGUCGCAGCAGCCCAGAGACGCGGAGAAGAACUAGAAACAUCAAAGAAAUGGGCUGCAGGGCAGAACAAGCAGCAUGUCAUCACCAAGAACACAGCCAAGCUAGACCGCGAGACGGAGGAGCUGCAGCACCAGAGGGUUCCCCUGGAGGUGGGCAAGGUGAUCCAGCAGGGACGACAGAACAAGGGCCUAACGCAGAAGGACCUGGCCACUAAAAUCAACGAGAAGCCACAGGUCAUUGCGGACUACGAGUGCGGGAAGGCCAUCCCUAACAACCAGGUUAUGGGCAAAAUCGAAAGAGCAAUAGGGUUAAAGCUACGAGGGAGAGACAUUGGCAAACCAAUGGACCCGCUGCCGCAGAAGAAGUGACAUCACAUACCGGAAGAAGCUUCUAGUCUGGCUGUUGUUUACCUUUCUGGGGGCAUGCGCAUCACGACUUCUGGAUUCAGCUAGGCAGCCUGUCUUUUCCAUGCAAGAUCAGCAGUCACCCUGUGAUGACAUGAUAAACGUCAGGUUGACUGGACAGAUGAAUUCAGGAUAUAAAUUGUGCGGCUGUUUUUCUUUGGGCUUUCAGCUUAUGACUGGCAAUGCUACAAUGAAGAUUAGUUAAACAUUUACAGAGUGCUCUAAAACGAAUGAUAAAACAUGUAACUAUCACCAAAUGUGGGUGUAGGCCUUAGUAAUGGACUACAUUUACGGCUAUGAUUUAUUUGCUUACAACCUGAUAUGACUAGAAAAUUGCUGUAAUAACGCUUUCCUCGACUGUUAUGAUUUUUCACUCACUAAAGUCAAGGGACCACAAAAAGGUGGCAUGUGAAACAA